ACAGGAACUGGCAGGGCGAGAGACUUGAGCUAGCCGCACGGGGAAGCCAUCUUACUGUAUCCCGGGAAGAUGACCGGGAAAUCGGUGCGGGAUGUGGAGCGAUACCAGGCUGUGCUGUCCGAGCUUCUGCUACGGGAGGAGAACAAGUUCUGCGCCGACUGCCAUGCCAAAGGUCCGCGAUGGGCUUCUUGGAACAUUGGAGUCUUUUUGUGCAUUCGUUGUGCUGGAGUUCAUAGGAAUCUAGGAGUCCACAUCUCCAGGGUGAAAUCGGUCAAUCUGGACCAAUGGACACAGGAACAAAUACAGUGCAUGGAGGAGAUGGGGAAUGGAAAAGCCAAAAGGCUAUAUGAAGCGUUCCUCCCUGAAAGUUUCAUCAGACCGCAGACAGACCAAGCUGUUGAAAGUUUUAUUAGAGAGAAAUAUGAAAAGAAGAAAUAUAUGGACCGCAGUGUGGACAUCAAUGCAUUCAGGAAGGAGAAAGAAAUCAAGUGUAAGAAGUCAGAAUCUGCCCCUGAGAUAAAAUCUGAGCAAGUCAUCUUUGAGAAGGUCAAGCUGCCGCUUAAGAAGGAUGACUUUCUGCCUAUAAAGACCUCUCCCCCCAAAACAGAGCCUGUCAUGGACCUUUUAGGCCUAGAUGCCCCUGUUGAUGCUGCUGUUCAUAAUGGGAAGCCCAGCACCAGCCUUGAAAAGGAACUGGACUUGUUUGGACCUAUCCCGACGAUGGCUGCCUCCACAUCCAGCCAGGCAGUAAGUUCAAUGUCUGUAACUGCGAGUUCUGGAUCUGUCCCUGAAAACCUAAACCUGUUCCCAGAGUCGGGAGCAAAAACAGAGGAAGGAGGGAAAAAACAACUUUCUAAGGACUCUAUCUUGUCUCUUUAUGGGUCCCAACCACCACAAAUUCCAGCACAAGCAGGAGCCCUCUUUAUGGCGCCUGCACAGAUGGCAUAUCCAGGUGCUUAUGCUGGCUUCCCUGCAGUCCCUCCUCCAGGGAGCGUCAUGGGUGGAAUGAUGGCAUCGCCAGUGGGAAUCAUGGCUCAGCCAACACACCCAAACAUGGUUGCUCCUAUGGCAAUGCCUGCUGGGUAUGUUGGAGGUGUACAGGCAGCUGUCAUGGGUGUGCCAAAUGGCAUGAUGGGCCAACAUGCAGGCUAUGUUGCAAACAUGGGUGCUAUGGCACAGCCAGUUUAUGGUGUCCAGCCAGGACAGCAACUUCAGUGGAACGUCACCCAGAUGUCCCAGCAAAUGGCAGGGAUGACCAUUUUUGGUGUAGGAGGCAUGGCAGGGUACGGACAGCCUUCGUGUAACCAGGGACCCAACCAAACUCUCAGCUCUCCCAUGUGGAAAUGAAAAGCAUUGUCUUCUGUCUGAAUCUUACCUCUUUACUCCUGUCCUCCAGCUGGUUCAUCUGUCCCCUCUUAGAUCGUCUUGCUCUUGCUGAAGUCCACUCACCUUUAACCCCUUGCUUUUCUUGUGUUCCAGGAACACAUAUCUAAGUUGGGUGCGUCUGCUUUGUCCUCGCCCCCCCCUAUAUACGACAAAGUAAUGUGAUGCUGAGUAUUACUGUUGCAAUCCACCAGCGUUCACACAAGCUGAUCGGCACACUCCGGUGCCGUAAAGCUUUGUAAGAACAGGAACCCAACGCCCCAUCUUGCUGUAAGGCCUGUAGUGUAGACCAUUUUUCACUUUAACUGUGAAACCGAAUUUUCUAGUCAGCCAACCUGCUCUUACCAGCUGAUUAUAACCCUGUGCAGUGUGGAAGAGGUCAACUUACUAACUAAUGCACCAGCAAACUGCGUCUGCAGACGUGUCUUUCUCCCGUUCUGUUACAUGCCUGGACUUCAGCAAAAAAAAAAAAUAAAAAGCAAAGCAAUUUUCUGAUUUAACGGCAGAGCUGCACUCAGGAGGUGGCUGCAUGAUUGUGCCUGUAGAUCAUUCUAACAAUCAGGCAUCCCCUUGAAGCAAAAAGUUCAGUUUCUUGAUUAAAUGUGCUGUCCUCCAUUUUCCUGUCAUUUUAGUUAUUUUGCCUUUUUUAACCUCUCUACUAAAGUUUUAGGGGAAGAUGCCAUAUUUUAUGUUUGUUUUCUGAAUGGAAUGUGAAGUUUUAUAAUUAUUUUUGAAUCCUAAUUCUGGCAUCCAGGGGCUAAAUAAUAACCAACAAUAGGACUUAGUCCUUUCACUAUGUAAGCUUAUAAUAGCAUUUUAUUGGUAAGCACACUUUUUUUUUUUUUGUGGAUCAUACCAUAA